AUGGGAAAGGCAGUAUCAAAUGCAGAUCAGAGACUAAAUGAAGCUUUUAGGCGGUAUCAAAUGGAAAAUUUUUCUAAAUAUUCAUCUGUGCAGGAAGCUGUCUUCAAAGAAAAUGGAGAUAACAUACUAGGAAACUCAGUAGUUGACCAAAGCUUUUUAGCUCCUCUUAUUACUGAGUAUGAUAAGCAUCUGGAAGAGCUGAAUGGGCAGCUGAAAUAUUAUCAGAAGCAAAUGGGUGAGAUGAAACUACAACUUGACAGUGUCAUCAAAGAAAAUGAAAGGUUACAUGGUGAAUUAAAAGAUGCUGUUGAAAAGCAAUUGGAGGCCCUUCCCUUUGACACAGAGAUGGGAAAUGAUAUUUACACAGAUGAUGAAACAGUCAGGAACCUUCAAGAACAAUUACAACUAGCCAAUCAAGAAAAAAACCAGGCAGUGGAACUCUGGCAGACAGUUUCUCAGGAGUUGGAUAGACUGCAGAAACUUUACCAGGAACACAUGACUGAAGCUCAGAUUCAUGUAGUUGAAAGUCAAAAGCAGAAGGAUCAGUUGACUAAUUUUCAACAGCUAACCAAGCAACUUCAUGUUACUAAUGAGAACAUAGAAAUGACCAACCAACAAUUUCUGCAAACAUUAACUGAACAAAAUGUGGAAAUGGAGCAAUUACGAAAACAACUUAGGCAAGCCAAGUUAGAUCUGAGAGUUGCAGCAGCAAAAGUGGAAGAGUUAACCAAAGUGACUGAAGAUCUACAAGGACAGAUGCAAAAGAAGGAGGAGGAUAUGAUGUCUGCCCAGGGAAGAGAGGAAGCAUCAGAUAGGCGCCUACAGCAGUUACAUUCUAGUGUAAAACAAUUAGAAACAAGAUUAUGUGUGGCAAUCCAAGAAACCAAUCAAUUAAGAGCAGAGAAAACAAAUCUGGAAAAACAGAGCAGAGAGUUACAAGCGAAGUGCACUGAAUUGGAAAAUGAGAAAUUUGAAGCUAUUGUAAGAGCUAGAAAUAGCGUACAACUCUUAGAAGAAGCUAACCUUCAAAAAAAUCAGGCCCUGCUUGAAGAGAAGCAAAAACAAGAAGAUGUGGAGAAAAUGAAAGAAACAAUUUCUCGGCUUGUACAAGAUGCUUCCAUAAGAACCAGGAAAGAAGUUGCAAACACAAGAAAACAAUAUAAUGUGCAGAUUUCUCAGUUAACAGAAGAACUUUCAGCCCUUCAGAUGGAGUGUGCCGAAAAACAAGGCCAAAUUGAACGAGUUAUUAGGGAGAAAAAAGCAGUGGAAGAAGAGCUAGAAAAGAUUUACCAUGAAGGCAGAGGAAAUGAAAGUGAUUACAGAAAACUGGAAGAAAUGCACCAAAGAUGUCUGGUUGCCGAGCGUUCAAAAGACGAUCUUCAGCUAAGACUUCAGACAGCAGAAAAUAGAAUAAAACAACUUGAAUUAAUUUCCUCAGAAGACAUAUCACGUUGCCAAGAAAUGAUUCAGAAACUUCAAAACGUGUUGGAGUCCGAGAGAAAGAACUGUGGAUUUGUCAGUGAACAAAGGCUGAAACUUCAGCAAGAAAAUGAACAGCUACAGAAAGAGGCAGAGGAUUUGCGAAAGCUUGCACUGGAGGCCCAAAAGAAAGCCAAAUUGAAGAUCAGUACGAUGGAACAUGAAUUUUCCAUAAAGGAACAUGGAUUUGAAGUUCAAUUAAGAGAGAUGGAAGACAGUAAUCGAAAUUCCACUGUUGAACUGAGGCAUCUCUUAGUUACUCAACAGAAGGCAACCAGUAGGUGGAAAGAAGAAACAAAGAAGCUUACUGAAAGUGCAGAAAUUAGGAUCAGUAAUCUAAAAAGUGAGCUGAGUCGACAGAAACUUUAUACCCAAGAGCUGCUUUCUCAGCUGGAAAUGGCAAAUGAAAAGGUAGUUGAGAAUGAAAACUUAAUUCUAGAGCAUCAAGAAAAAGCCAACAGACUUCAAAGGCGUCUAAAUCAGGCUGAACAGAGAGCUGCUUCAGCUUCACAGCAGCUCAGUGUGAUUACAGUGCAGAGAAGAAAAGCUGCCUCCAUGAUGAAUCUGGAAAAUAUUUAA